UUGGCGCAUGUUUCCGCUCGGACUGAUUACGGUGUGACACAUUGGAAAAGCGGUCUGACUAGUGGGCUAACCAGCAACCUAGCCUGUGUGGAAUGGAUAAACGUGUGCGUUUAGCACACAGAAUAAACCAUUUCUGUUUAAUAAUGUGCCUUUGAAGAGUGUAACAGAUAUUACCUGUAGAGUGAGAUCAGAGCAUCUCCUGUCAGAAGGCUUGUCAUGGAGAAGUCAUGGAGGUUUUGGGGGACACUGGAGCGAUGCCUGCUGACUGUGGGCUCAUGGAUUUGGGGAGUUUGCCGAAUCUCACUGCUGGCACUUAUCCUUACCUUCCACCUCUAUGGCGGCAUCUUGUUGCUGUGUCUCAUAUUGGCUUCUGUGGCUGGGAUCCUGUACAAAUUCCAGGAUGUGCUGCUGUAUUUUCCUGAUCAGCCUUCCUCCUCACGCCUUUAUGUUCCCAUGCCUACUGGAAUUCCUAACGAGAGUGUCCAUAUACGUACUAAAGACGGUGUGCGGCUCAACCUAAUUUUACUACGCUACACGGGUGAAAAUCCUGCUCUAGUUCCUACCAUUUUGUAUUUUCAUGGCAACGCAGGGAACAUCGGACACCGCGUACCCAAUGCACUGCUCAUGCUCGUUAACCUAAAAGCUAACGUGGUUCUGGUAGACUACAGAGGUUAUGGAAAAAGUGAUGGUGAGCCAAGUGAAGACGGACUCUAUCAGGAUGCUGAGGCCACACUGGACUAUGUCAUGUCACGGCCUGACAUUGACAAGACUAAAAUCAUAUUGUUCGGCAGGUCUCUGGGUGGUGCCGUGGCCAUCAGGUUGGCCUCAGUUAACCCACACCGUGUGGCGGCUAUAAUGGUGGAGAACACGUUCUUGAGCAUCCCACACAUGGCGUCCACACUCUUUUCCUUCCUUCCCAUGCGCUACCUUCCUGUUUGGUGCUAUAAGAACAAAUUCCUUUCCUACAGGUAUGUGACUCUAUGCCGUAUGCCCUCACUUUUCAUUUCGGGCCUGUCGGACCAGCUUAUCCCGCCUGUCAUGAUGAAACAGCUAUACGAGCUGUCGCCUGCGCGGACUAAGCGCCUUGGCAUCUUUCCUGAGGGAACGCACAACGACACCUGGCAGUGCCAGGGUUAUUUUGCUGCUCUUGAGCAGUUUAUUAAAGAGCUGCUCAAGGGCCAUGCACAGGAAGAAGCAUCCCAGGGCUCUGCAAGUGUCACCAUCAUUUAGAAACUGCUUCCACUACUACUAAUGUGGAUCUGCUGUAAUAGAAUGUUUAUUUUUACGCUCUUCCUCUCCCCUUUCCCGAUUCCAUUUCUAGCACUUAAUCUUCGGUGGUUAUUAUAUUAAGGAUAUGUGUGUGGAUUGUGAUUGGAGGACGAUGCGGUUUUAAAUAUCCUCAAAGCUUUCAGUUAAAAUAUGAAUGCAUGAAUGAUCCACUUCUAUAAUGUAAUGUCUUCAUUUUCAUACACUCAUUUGUACUGACUGUACAGCUCUUUUUAUACAGAGACUUUACCAUCCAAGGUAUACCAAAAGGUCAUUCAUGGGCUCAUCCUACUGUAUAAUAAAGAUUCUUGUCUAAUAAUGUCAGACAAA